AUGCAUUCGGCUUCCCGUGGCUAUCGAGGUGCUCGAGGUUCUCAAGGCAAAGGUCGUUUCCAGUCGCACUCCAACUUUACGCCCUCGGCAAAGUUACAAGAGGGCCUUUCGGAAAGUGCGAUCGACUCAGUAUCCAUAAACAGUAUUCGGUUAGAUUCUACUAAAGAAGUAGAGGCUACAAAUGUAGUUGCAUUGGGUUCCUAUGACUGGGUUGAUCACUCAAUCCCAACAAUUGUCAUCCCAGGGGCCCCUCCAUUAUGGAAAGAACCCAGUCUACCCUUGCAGCUGGAACCGGACACAGGCGACUCGUUUAUCGACCAAAAUACCGCCCGCCUACCAAUGCACCCAUUAGAACCCAUGUUUCGUGCGAUAAGUGUCACUCAGGAACAAUUCAAAAAUACAAUCAACUUUUCCGAAGAAAAGAUUGAUGUCGUCACGGACCGGAAUAGUCUACGCAAGUUGAUGAGAUUCAUUAUUUCCCAUGGUCCCAACCGUGAUCACCGGCCAGGCAGUAAUCGCGAGUUUAGAAUCGACGUCCAACUUGCUUUAAACGGCCGAACUUUGGUACUCACGCGGCACGAGGAAAACCUCGUUGACAAAUCUACCGGUUUCAAGGGCUAUGGUCAUAACUUUGAGAAGGCCACUACAGAAGCCUCUCCCCCGCUACUGGCCACCAACUCUGGUCGUACACAUAUAUCCCACCUUAGGUCUACCGGCCAUCAUCGGAUUACACGCUACGAUCUACUAGGGUUACGUUUCCUUGUGCGUUACGAAGUAGAUUCAAUGGAGUCGACACCAAAGACAAAAUAUACGGACAUUGCCCCGAAGGAUGAGCUUGAUGAGCUCACAGCGGCCCUGGCUCAAACCUCCCUCCUCGAGUCGAAGUCUGCUAUUCUCCACAAACCCAAGCUCACUCCUAAAAAGCCGGAGAGCAUAGUCGACGUACCACAAUCCGAAUUGCGCCAUGUGAUUCAUGGUACCUUUAUCCCACAAGACCGGGUCUUAGAGCUUCGUACUAUCAAGAGUAUAUUUCAGGUGCCAUGGAACGAUCUUUACCCUCAAUUAUUUCUAUCUCAGACGCCAGUACUUAAGCUUGCCAAACAGCUAGACGGGCGCAUCGAUGCGAUCCAGGUAUACGACAAGGAAAUCGAAGAGAUGAAGGAAGCGCAUAACAGGCUUGCCCCGGAGUUCGCUACUUUGGUUGAAUUACUGAAGCAGAUCCGUGGUGUCGCCAAGAAGCGCAAUCUAAUUGGCCACGAUCGUCCAUUCGCUCUUUACUGGAGUGGCAAGGGAGAUCUUAAAGUCCACACUAUAAAAUACGGGUACUCAGGAAAUCUGCUUUCGGCAAAGGAGCUAUGGUCACUUGGAAAUCCACAAUAG